ACUGGUCCAAAUAGAGCGAAGAAGAAAGCGAUUUCGCUCUACAGGCAGAAUUCAGUUUGGAGCAACUGAAUAUGAUUUAAUGUGUACUACAUUUUAUUUAGCUCUAAGUCAGAUGCAAAUUACUCUAUCGUGUUUACUGAGUGAAAUCAUACUUAUGCAAAUGAGUCUCUACUUUUUUUUAAAAAACAUCAUUUUCCCAUUUGUAGCUUAAAUGCAGGGUGAAAGUGACACGCUUUUGCCCUCUCCUUUGCUCUUUGCACUUUGGAUUGCUGUAAAACUGACAUUAUGUUAAUCCAUAAACUCCUGAUUUAACUAGAAAUGAUUAAACUGCACGCGGUUUUGCAGAAGCACGUGACCUUUCCUUCUGAGACGCGGAGCACACAACCGGGACUUAUACGAAAAAAUAAAAAAAACAUCGAAAAUGCAUGUAGUGAUCAGGAAAUUCCAGCCCUCUGACUGUGAAGCAGUGAAAACUAUAUUUAAAGAUGGGAUCCAUGAGCAAAUUAUUCCAACAUUCAUCCAUGCCAUGUCCCACCCGCUCCAUAUUACCCUGACUCUGUGCUUGUGCAUUAUGGGCUAUGUCCUGGGUGGAGAAUCAAUUGUCAUGGCUCUGCUGGCUGGAGCGUCCUGGAUUGGCCUGAUGUUCUACCUCUGCUAUGAGUUCUACGCUGGGUAUGUCCGACUGAAGCUGAGCACAGACAUGCUGGACAUUUCAAGCAAUUACAUUAAAAUCCCAGACAACUGCUUCUGGGUUGCAGAAGCUGAGGUCAGUGGACGUCCCCUGGUGGUGGGUAUGGUGGCUUUAGAGGGCAAAAAGCUCCCAAGCAUUGCUGGGCAAAAGUACGGAGAGAUUUUCCGAAUGAGCGUGUCUUCUAAGUGUCGUCAAACCGGUGUUGGGUCGCGCCUGGCGAUAGUAGCUGUGGACUUUUGUAAACAACGUGGGUUUUCAAAAGUUGUGCUUCAUACUAGCUCGACUCAGAGGCCAGCUGUCGCCCUUUACUUUAAGAUGGGCUUUACACUUGUGGGAAACAACCAAGAACAGGAUUGUCCCUGGUGGAUACUCACACUGAUCAGAGUUAAGAUUCUGAAAAUGGAGAAAAUCCUUUAAACUUAAUCCACUGAGAUACACAAUAUGAGCAAAGUUUGUCAAUACUUGACCACCACCCCCUAUAUGUGCAUUCUGAACAUCCCUUUCAGGACUUUGCUUAAGUUGGCGCCUUUAAUACGUUAGUGACCAGAUUUUCUAUGUGACAUUCAUCUCAUUAAAAAAAACAACAACUAAAAACCAGUUCCACUAGUAGUUUCAUUUUGCAUAUGAAAACACAAUACAGACAUCAGAUUUGAAUUAGUUUUUCCAGAAGAUACAUUUUUUUUUUAAAUGAAUUUGUUAAAAUUAAGUCAAACUCCAAACCAGAUACAAGACAUAGAUUCAGCAAGCCAUAACCAGAUUUUUUCGUUUUGUGGUGGUUAUAUCAAUCUAUUCUGUAGUUUUUUAUUAUUAUUAUUCAACCACUCACAUAAUACUUUUUUCCACUUUUUUCCAUUUUCCAUGAAUCAGUUAUUACCUUUUUCCUCUAUUGAAAAAAAAUCAUUAGGUCUAUAGUUGUUACGGUUGUGUCUGAGCUGGCUGCGACUCUGAAAGUCUCAUCUCACUUAUUCUUGUUCAGUUUUCUCCAAUACGCAUCAGAGAAUAUACGUCACACAGACCCCAGGACGUGUAUGAAAGAUAUCCGAAGUUUAAUAAAAAAAGAUUGAGAAUACAUAUAUAGACCACAGUGACGACUAUGAGACUAUUGCGUUGCAGAUCAGUACAUGA